UGCAGGGACCUAAGGAGUAAUUAAUAAAACGAAUCGUUUCAAGUUGAGAUUUAAGAUGAAAUCGAAGAUGGGGUUUCCUGUUGCAACGGCGUCGUCCACCGCUACCGCCACCGCCACCACCGCCGUGAAUUGAAGAAUUCUGAGUGACCUGUCUUUUUCCGACCCAACAAUUCCCCCCCGCAGUUACGUUUAGGUUCUUAUAACUGCCCCUCAACUCAACUCAACUAUAUAAUUUAGAAGAAGAAAAUGAAGCGCAAGCGUGGUCAUAAGAAAGGAAAGCAAAACAUUGCUAAGGAACAAGCCUCUGUUUUUGAUGAGGAGUUUGAUAUUGUUAAUAACAACAACAAUUAUGAUAAAGAAGAUAAUAACUCUGUUGCAAUGGAAGUUGACACACCUUCUUCCACCGGUACCGAUCAACAUGGCAAUCUUGCUAACAUAAAUCAUGAUGGUUCUAUCCAUAAAGGGGCUGCCAAAUCGGUUGGACGUGUUAAGGUGAAGCUCAGGACACCAAAAAUGUUGGAUUCAUCUGAUGCUCUCACACAAAGUGACACUGAUAAGAGUAGCCAGCAACAUGGGCUGGAGAAACACGGUGUCAAUGCCGAUAGAAUUGAAGAUAGUGUCAAUUCAUCCAAGAAACCCAGUAGCAUCAAGAUUAAGUCUUCAAAGGUUUUGGGAUUAAAUGUUGACCAUACAACCAAACCUUUCUCUGAGAUUAUCCACUCUAAAGAAAGGAAAGCACCUCCACAUAAUCCUAGUUAUAACAAACAGGAAUUGGAUGUCUCCUUAAUGAUAAUAAGGAAGGUAAUGAAAAUGGAUGCUGCUGACCCCUUCAAUGUCCCUGUUAACCCUGAAGCUCUGGGAAUUCCUGACUAUUUCGAUAUCAUUGAUACACCAAUGGAUUUUGGAACUAUAUGCAGCAACCUUGAAAAGAAUAACAAGUAUAUGAAUUCAGGGGAUGUCUAUAAGGAUGUAAAAUACAUCUGGGAGAACUGUUAUAAGUAUAACAAUAAGGGUGACUAUAUCUUGGAUCUUAUGAGGCGAGUAAAGAAGAACUUUAUGAAGUACUGGACUGCUGCUGGGUUAUACAGUGAACAAUCAAAAGGUACCGAAGGCACUGAGAAGACUACAGCAGAAGAUAUGGCACUUUCUGGUGAUGGAAAAGUAGGGAAGAGUGGUCAGUUGAAGCAUAAGAAAAAAAAGCGUCAUGGAAGACACCAUAAACAUGAUUGCUUAUGUGCAAUUUGUGUGCUAAAGCGUCGUAGGAAGGAACGGGAGGAGAAUGACCGAAUUGCAAAAGGAAAUUUUGGGUCUGGUGGUGAGAAGCAUACAAGAGAGUUCAAGCAAGAGGAAUCCAUGCUUGUAGAGAGCCCUGGUGGGGAGGAUUCAUCAUCAAACACAGAUGAAUCGCUGGGUAGUGAUGGAGAUGCUGAUGAAGACAAAGGAGAGGUUGCAAAGAUGGAGACUAGUGAGAAGCGGCGUAGCCCUUCUGAGGGAAGGCAUGAGGACAAUGAAGUCAAUAAUGAUGAUGGCGUGGAGGAAGAGAACCGUCGUCCUGAGGAAGCGGAAGAGGAAGAGGACGAGGACGAGGAUGAGGAGGGAGAUGGAGAUGGAGAGGGAGAGGGAGAGGAAGAAGAAGAGGAAGAGAUUGAAAUGGACAGUGAGAAGAGACAGAUGGAUGAUACUUUAAAGCAUGGUGGAACCUUGGCAGAGAAAUCGGAAAUUGGAGACAUGGUCGGUCUUGAUGAUGAAUAUAAAACAAAGCAACAAGAAGGACAAGCUGCACUGGUCCACCAGCAGAAGAAGCACAAGGAGUCCCAAGAUAGACAUCAAAAAGCUAAGCUGCUUGAGAGCUUAUGUCAUGAAAACCCCAUGCUUUCAAAUCUGUGUGAAGCUAUGUUCCCCAAAAAUAGUCGGUCUGUGUGGAGUGGUCCGCACUCGCUGAUACACCGAACAAAUUCUGCUCGCACUCGUUCAAUUCACGCGGCUAUUGGGUCGUUCAUGGAGUAGCUGUCUUGUUUUAAAGGGACUACUUCCAAACAAGCCCAAAUUUAAAUGUUGUAGUUUUUGCUUAACAGCUUUUAAUAUUGUAGUUGAUGGCCUUCAUUGUUAAAUGUUUAGUCUAAUAGCAAAUUUUAUAGGUUCGCAUUCUGCUUUUAAUACUUCA